AUGAAAUCUAUAUUUAUUAACGUAUUUAACGUCGAUUUUCAUCGGUAUAUAAGUUUACUUAUUAUCAUUGUUUUUAUUCGACAAACUAUAGCAGGUGUAUUACCAUCACAAGAUUCUGUUUCAUUAUAUACAGCAAAUGAUAAAGUUGUUAUUUUAACAAAUCAAAAUUUUUCAUCAACUGUUUAUCAAUCGAAAACAGCGUGGCUUAUUGAAUUUUAUGCAAGUUGGUGUGGUCAUUGUCAAUCUUAUGCGAAUACGUAUCGUGAAGUUGCUAUUGAUACAUGGGGAUGGAAAAGAAUUGUUCGAAUUGGAGCAAUAAAUUGCUACGCGGAAGAAAAUAGUGCUAUAUGUGACCAACAUUCGAUUACGGCAUUUCCAACACUUCGAUUAAUAGCACCUGAAACAACUUUCAAUACAUCAAAAGCUAUAAGUCUAACAGCAAAUGAUGCAAAAGAUGUAGAAAGAGAAUUAAUCAAAGAACUUGAUGCAUUACAAAUAGCAGAUAAAACUUGGCCUCGUUUUAGACCUCUCAAUCAAAUUGCAUUCAGCGAUAUUUAUUCACAUGCACCGACAUCUGUAAAACUUAUGUUACUUAUAGUAGAAAAACAAGAUGAUUAUACUGGUCGACAAAUUAUGCUUGAUUUUUCAAAAUAUCAUGAACAAUUGACAAUUUUUCGUACAACAAUAGAUGGUAAAUUAUGGCAUCGUUUUCAAUUAAAUACUACAGAAUUACCUGCUCUAUUAAUUAUUCAUCCAAAUCGAACUACAGAACGAAUUAAUACGAAGCAAAAUAACAAUGAAAAUAUGGGUAGUCGAAAUUUAUUUAAUUAUGCAAUCCGAUCAUAUAUUCAUGAAAAAAAAUGUAUUGAUGAUUUUAAUGAUCGUGAUCUAGAAGAAAUAAUUCAUAGUAAAAAUGCACUUAAAAAUGCAGACAAAUUGAAAAUAUCAGAUACUGACGAGAAAAAAACAGAUGAUGUAGUAGAGACAAAUACUAUUUCUGAAAAACUAUCUAUGGUCGAUCUUGAAACAGCUUUAUCAUAUAUGUUACGACGAGAAAUACCUCGAAUUAAAGAAAUUCAAGGUGAAGCUUAUGAUGCAUUACUACAUUGGUUGACUGUACUUAUAAAGUAUUUUCCUGGUCGUGAACCAGUUAUGACUUAUCUUAAAAACUUAUUAUCAAAAGUGGACAAUCAACCAAAUGGUAUCACUGGAAAAAAGUUUCGAGAAUUUGCUGAUAUAAAUACACCAGAAAGUUAUUUACCAAAUAAUCAAGUUCGUUAUCAAUAUUGUACAGGUUCUUUACCACGAUAUCGUGGUUAUCCAUGUGGACUUUGGCUUCUUUUUCAUACAUUAACUGUGUCACAAGUUCAAUCAGAACCUAAACGAAUGCGUAUUAUUGAAAUUCCAUCAGCUGUAAAAAGUUUUAUCAAACACUUUUUUGGUUGUCGGCAUUGUAGUGAUAAUUUUAUGAAAGAAACAAGUGAUUUUCAUCAACUUGAUUCUGGUGAUAAAAAUUCAGCAAUAAUUUAUCUUUGGAAAAUUCAUAAUCAUGUUAAUAAACGUUUACAUAGUGAUGAAACUGAAGAUCCAAAACAUCCCAAAGUUCAAUUUCCAUCAGAAAAUCUUUGCUCAAAAUGUCAAUCAGAUAAUAAUAAUUUUGAUAUGACAACAACACUCAAUUUUCUUUUAAAAUUUUACUCAAAAAAUAAUAUUGACCUGACAUCAGUAGAGGAUUUUACGCCAUCUGGUAAUACACAAGAUGAAUUAACACGUAAACCUUCUAUUGAUCAAUAUGAAAUGAUUGAAAUUAAUAAUGAUUCAACCAAAAAAUUUCGAAAUAUUCGAUAUAUCAUAUCAAUUAUUCAACGUUUUCCAUUCUAUUUUCUAAUAUUUUCAGAUGAACAAGAAAUUAACCGUCGAAGUAGUAUUGCUGGAGCUUCUUAUAAUUUAAUAAAUUCAAUUGUUGGAUCAGGUGUUAUUGGUAUGAGCUAUGCAUUCCGACAGUCAGGUUAUUUAGCUGGACUUGUAUUACUUGGUAUAGUCGCGAUUUUAACUGAUUAUUCAACUACAAUUUUACUUCGUUCAGGUCAGUUAGCAAAAGUAACAACAUAUCAAGAACUUGUUUAUAAUGUUCUUGGUAAAUUCGGUUUUAUAUGGCUUUCAUUAGUUCAAUUUCUUUAUCCAUUUAUCUGUCUUAUUUCAUAUAAUAUUAUCAUCGGUGAUACAGUAACUAAAGUUCUUCAUCGUUUAUGGCCAACAAUACCUUAUAUAUUUCAAGAUCGUUAUACAAUUAUUUUUCUUUGUUCUCUUUUUGUUACUUUACCAUUAUCACUUUAUCGAAAUAUUGCUAAAUUAUCUCAGAUAUCACUUGCUGGUCUUAUUCUUGUUGUAACAACAGUAUUAAUAUUGAUAAAACGUGGUUCUGAUACGAUACCAUAUAUAUCACAAGAAACUCGUAAUCUUCGUAUGAUAAAUACAAAUAUUGCUGAAAGUAUUGGUGUUAUGGCGUAA